CUAGUGUCCACAGCAGUAGACCAGUACGGCAAUCCACAUGAAUGGGCCGUGCUCGGGUGACCCGCAGAGGACAUGUGAGUCCAGGUCCAUCCUGGGACGCAUGUCAUCCAUCGGGUCAACCGGCAGCAGGCUGACGCUCUCGCCUGAGGCGAUAGGGAUGACAUUGUCCACAUAAGGGUAAGGCCGACAGCGCAGAAGGGCUAGCAUGUUCUUGGUGACGGUGGGAUGGAUGAAGGUGAGGAUGAUGACCAUCAUUGUGCCACGGUUCUCGAGCCAUUGCCGCGAUCGGCCGCUUUUGCGGGGCUCCGCUAACGAAUGCUGGCAGCAUGGCGGCGUCACUGGCUCGCUUCGUGAGUCCUCUCGGAAGAUGACCGAUCGCUGACGAGGGCCGUGUGUAGCUGUGUCUGCCUUGCCAUUGGUCACGGAUGGGGGCGCUGAGGUCGACUCGUCGGUGCCGCUGCGCCACGUUGACUUGAAGGCAUUCCGCGCUUUGGCAAGCCCACUCGCUGCGACCACGACACGAGCCAGAAAUCACCACAAAUCGUCGACCUGUAGAAUGUGUGUGUGGGCUUACCAAUGAGGGGCACAGCAGUGAGCCAGAUGAGUGGCAAAUAUCUGGUAGCUUUGUGCAAGCCCUCCAUCCCAGGCAAAGACGCUGCCGAUCAGUGAGGAUAUCUGAUCACCCCAGAGGGAGUUGUCGAACACGAGGAAGGCCAAACCACACACCUACACACACACACGAUCACACACACACGAUAACAACGUAAAGGCGAUGGAAGAUGAGUGCAUGUCUCUCUCUGCCUUUCCUCGUACAGCGGUGAUGUGUGAGAGUCCGAUUUUGGUCAGUUGGGACGGCACCUCGGCGCGCGGUGAUGCUGCCGCCCUGAACACAGAAACACACAAGCAGAGAGAACGAUCGAUUGGCGCCCUUUACAAAUAUACGGCUGCAUUCUGACCUCUCUGCAAGUGCAGUAAGGAUGAAUAUGGCCAUCAAAGUGGCGGCCACAAGCAGAACGUUGAUGAUAACAAUCAGCCACAGGGAGGCACAUUCGGUGCACGGCUGCUGGGGCGUCUGACGCGAGAACCCCGCCUUGCACCGAUUGCACACAAACCCCUCAUGCCCCUCCUGACACAGACGUACAUUAAAUAAUGCAGACAAACAUAAGACUGGCGACUCUCAGAUUCAUGCACUGGCCUCCUACCGAGCAUAUGUCGAGUCCAUUGGUCUUGUUGGUGCCGUUGCAGGACGACGGCAAUGGACAGCCCAUGACGACGGGCAGCAAAGUCAGGCCAGAGCCAUACCUGAAUAGAACACACCAUGCCUGAAUCUACUCAGUCGCGCCACUCCCUUUUCACACUUUACGUCGUCACUUCUCGCGUGGCGUUCUCGAAUGAGCCACCCGACUGCAGCUUGACAGUCAGUUGGUAGAAGCCCGGCAGCACACUCGCAUUGUAGUUGACGGGAACAGGGCAGUUCAAGCCGUCGAAACAGUCCAGGCAGGUCCAUAUGACGCGACUUCCGUCAUCGCCGCCCUUGCGUACGCCGACAGAUCCAGAGGUACACGGCUCACACGGUUCGUCGCCCCGCUUUUCGUGACCAAGACGGCAAAAACAUGUGGUUGAGCCUUCAUCAGAAACUGCACCAACACACAUUCAUAGACCAACAGACCAACAGUGAAAGUCGCAAGAGUCAUCGUCAUGUGCCUAUCAUGUCUCUCACCCGCAU